CUGGAUAGUGCUAUCAUCCAGCCAUCGUGCGACUGGCUCGAGAACAACAUUCACGGCCGCUGUAACAUCACGUUAAACCACAAAAAUUAGCGGUGGGAACAAAUCGUUUUCAAUGAUUGUGAUGACAUGUACAUAUACAAGGUCAGCAUCAGUCUUGUUUUUGUCGCCUUGCACGAUUACGCAUUGGAUGAGUUUUGAGCUGUCAACAAAUAUGGGAUUAGGCUUUGGCGCAAAACGGAAAAAUUUCUUCCCAUAUUUUUGCGAUUGCAAUUGAUUGAUCAAAAAUCGGGGACAUAAAGCAAAGGCAAUCAAAUUCGAGAGUGUGCUGUCGUAUUUCAUCAUGAAGAUGCUGGUAGUGUUGCUUUUCUUUCUCGCAAGUCUUGUCACAUCAUACGGGCAAGAAGUGAAGAAAUUAAAUGGAAUCAACGGUUCAGUUGUGUGCAUCGAGAAAAAAAAGACAUUGGGACUUACAAUAAUUCGAGGGGAACAUGGAGAUCCAGGCUUGCGUGGAUUAAAGGGUGAGACUGGUCAAAGAGGAUUUCCUGGAAGUAAAGCUGGAUUUUAUACUGGUCCACCUGGAUUUGACGGGAGAAAUGGUGCUAAGGGAGUAAAAGGUGAUAGAGGGGAUCACGGUUACAAGGGUUUACGAGGCCCGCCUGGGAGUCCGGGCUCUAACGGACCAAAGGGAUUUGCCGGAGAAACUGGUAGCAAGGGUCCAAAGGGUUUUAAAGGAGAACUUGGGUUUAAGGGAGAAGUUGGUCAUCAUGGUGCUGACGGGCCGGAUGGACUUCCACGACCCGAGACAACCAGGAAUAUGGUGAUUCAUGCAUUAAACGAUUACCAGGUCACACAAAGUGGUUUCUAUAACAACAUCUAUCAUGUGAAAUCACGUGAUUUGACUGAUGGUAGAUCAGACACUGGUGGGUGGGGAAGUGAAACUCCAAAGAUCGGAAACUUCAUUCAAGCAAUUUAUGCUCGUCCUGUCUACGCCACGUCAGUCACAGUGGCAGGAGGUUUUAUACCAUCUUGGGGAAACGACGUCAAACGAGGAUAUGGAAAUUUAGCCCUGGAAUACUCAUCAGACGGCCGAAACUGGAGAAGGAUGACGACAUUUCCUUCACCGGUGGCACAGGAAUUAAUCACAGUAACAUUCCGACCGGUAACAGCUCAAUAUUGGCGCCUACUUUCAAUGGAAGACAAAUGGGUUGGAACAACUGAGUUUGCAUUGAAACCUCUGAUCAUGGCGGCUUGAACAUAUAGGAUUGCUGGUGAAUCACAGAAUUUCUGGUUAAACGUUUAUAUAGUUAAUUAAUUUACAGAUUUCGCGGCAGUUUAUAGACAAGGUCAUGUAUUGUAUUAUGUGUUA